AUGGCGGCUGCCGCGGAGUGCGAUGUGGUAAUGGCGGCGACCGAGCCAGAGCUGCUAGACGAUGAGGAGGCGAAGAGAGAAGCAGAGUCUUUCAAGGAACAAGGAAAUGCCUACUAUGCCAAGAAAGAUUACAAUGAAGCUUAUAACUAUUAUACAAAAGCCAUAGAUAUGUGUCCUAAAAAUGCUAGCUAUUAUGGGAAUCGAGCCGCCACCUUGAUGAUGCUCGGAAAGUUCCGGGAAGCUCUCGGGGAUGCACAGCAGUCAGUGAGGUUGGAUGACAGUUUCGUCCGGGGACAUCUACGAGAAGGCAAAUGCCACCUAUCUCUAGGGAAUGCCAUGGCGGCGUGUCGUAGUUUCCAGAGAGCCCUAGAACUGGAUCAUAAAAAUGCUCAGGCCCAGCAGGAGUUCAAGAAUGCGAAUGCAGUCAUAGAAUAUGAGAAAAUAGCAGAAACGGAUUUUGAGAAGCGGGAUUUUCGGAAGGUUGUUUUUUGCAUGGACCGUGCCCUAGAAUAUGCCCCUGCCUGCCAUCGCUUCAAAAUCCUCAAAGCAGAAUGUUUAGCAAUGCUGGGUCGUUACCCAGAAGCACAGUCUGUGGCCAGUGACAUUUUACGAAUGGAUUCCACCAAUGCCGAUGCUCUGUAUGUACGAGGUCUUUGCCUUUAUUAUGAAGAUUGUAUUGAGAAGGCGGUUCAGUUUUUUGUACAGGCUCUCAGGAUGGCUCCUGACCAUGAGAAGGCCUGCGUUGCUUGCAGAAAUGCCAAAGCACUUAAAGCAAAGAAAGAAGAUGGGAAUAAAGCGUUUAAAGAAGGAAAUUACAAGCUAGCAUAUGAACUGUACACAGAAGCCCUGGGGAUAGACCCCAACAAUAUAAAAACAAAUGCUAAACUCUACUGUAAUCGGGGUACGGUUAAUUCCAAGCUUAGGAAACUAGAUGAUGCAAUAGAAGACUGCACAAAUGCAGUGAAGCUCGAUGACACGUAUAUAAAAGCCUACUUGAGAAGAGCUCAGUGUUACUUGGACACAGAACAGUAUGAAGAAGCAGUACGGGACUAUGAAAAAGUAUAUCAGACGGAGAAAACAAAAGAACACAAACAGCUCCUUAAAAAUGCACAGUUAGAACUGAAGAAGAGUAAGAGGAAAGAUUACUACAAGAUUCUUGGUGUAGACAAGAAUGCCUCUGAGGACGAGAUCAAGAAAGCCUACCGGAAGCGGGCCUUGAUGCACCAUCCAGAUCGGCACAGUGGAGCCAGUGCCGAAGUUCAGAAGGAGGAGGAGAAAAAGUUCAAGGAAGUCGGAGAAGCUUUUACCAUUCUCUCUGAUCCCAAGAAAAAGACUCGCUAUGACAGUGGACAAGACCUUGAUGAAGAGGGCAUGAAUAUGGGUGAUUUUGACGCAAACAAUAUCUUCAAGGCAUUCUUUGGCGGUCCUGGGGGCUUCAGCUUUGAAGCUUCUGGUCCAGGGAAUUUCUUUUUUCAGUUUGGCUAA